AUGGCAAGCGACUGGUUAGGCAAGAAGCCCUUUGACCAGCAGCAACUGACAGUCGCUUGUCCAAAUCUGGGCCUUCGGGGUAAAGGGGCACCGGAGCAUGCCCCUCGGGUGUCUCGGGAAUAUGCAGCAGCUGCCAACAAAAUGCAAAACAGCCAGGAGUAUACCCACUUGUCCCAGGCAUGUUUUCGUUUGCAGUGUGCUAAAUUACCACAAGUCGAGGUCCCCAAUCGGGAGAUCCAGAUCUGGAGGGCACAAGAUAAACUCCGUCAAAAAGCCUCGGCUUACGUCAAGGAGCACCUCCUGGGCAUCCAGAUCAACGAAAGGGAAGAGCUGAACGAACGCAAACGGCUUCACCGCCUGGUGCGGAAGAGGGUGAAUGCUGAACUGCAGGGCUUCCUGGCUGAGACCGAGGAAAGGAGAGAGAGGCUUCGCGAUCUCCUGGAAAAAGAGGAGAUGGGUUACAUUGCUGAGAUGGAAUCCUUGGAAGAAACCACUGAGAACAGGAAAAAUAAAAUGUUGGCAAAAGCAAAACUAUUGAGAGAAAAUCGGGAAGAUGAAAGGCAAAAGCUUGUGGCGGAAAAACGGGAGCAGCAGUUCAGAGUGACUUGCGAGGAGCUGAGAACUCAGUGGUCCAAAAAGCACCUUCUGGAGGUGUGUGAAGACCGGCUGGCCCAACUGGCCUUGAAGGAGGAGCUGAAGAAGCAAAGAGAUCAGGAGGAGGCCACGUUCUUGGCUCUUUGGGAAGAGGACCGGCUGGCCAAGGAGAAGCGGGCCGCGGAGGACGAGCGGAAACGGUCGACGCGGAACGAUGACAUGCUGAACAUGCUGCGCACCCAGAGAGCGGCGGCGGAAGCGCAGAGGAAGGAGGAGCAGAGGCUGAAGGACGAGGAGGCGAAGUAUAUGGAAGAGGAACGGCUGUUGCGCAAACUGGAGGACGAGCGCGCCGAGAUCGAGAGGCGGCGGAAGCUGAGGGCGUGCGGGGACAUGCUGCAGGCGUCCAUGAGGGAGAAGAUGACGCGCCUCAACCAGACCAGGCAGGAGGAGUUGGCGCUGGAAACGAAGGUCCUGGAACACAUCCUGGGGCAGGGCCAGGAGGACCUGGAAGAGCAAAAGAGGCGGAAAGGGUGUGGGUGUGGGUGUGCGCACUCUCGCGCGCGCAUGCCUUCUCGCCUCCAGAGAAGAGGUUAUGUGGGCCUGACAAGCCCAGGGACCCCCCCGCCCCGCCUCCCCUGCGCCUUCCACUCUCGGCGAGGCUGGAGUCCCUCGGGCGGCCGGAGGGGGGCGCGCUCGGCCCGGCUGCGCGCAAGCAAAGCCCCGGCGGCGGCGGCGGCGGCGGCGGCGGGCGCUGCAAGUCCCGCGGGAGGGCGGCCGCACCUGCGCCGGGAGGAGGCGGACUGCUCCUCCCCGCUUCCCUCCACCGGAGCCGGCCGCCGGGCCGAGGCAGCUCCGCCUCCCGGGGCGAGGAGUUCAGCCGGGCAAAGGUCGGGCGCGGAGGGCAGGGCGAGGCGAGGGCGGUGA